UUCGCCCUCUCAGUCAGUUUAAUAAUAGAUAGAGGGGUCAGUCCCUUGCUGGCUAAUUAUAGGAACAUUCUAAACACUGUCAUUCCCCUCAUCGCUGUCAGUUUUACCCAGAGCAAAGCAGUCUCUCGAUCCAUCUGGACCCAAUCCCUCUUUGCUGGUAAGGAAACCUGUCUUGCUUGGAUCGCUGUUCGUUCGAUUCGCUCUCUUGUUUUCUCUGCUGUGAACAAUUAAAUCUGUUUUCCUUCGAAGAUCAAUCAAUCCCAGUCGACGCCAUCCCAUCCCAUACCCCCGUUUUGCAACUUCAAUACUAGCUGACCGGGUUUUGUUCACAUUUUUUUCUCUUCUUUUUUUAGAUGUUUAUUCGCAAUUCCUGGGUAGACAUAGUACCAUCCAGGGGCGGUGCCAGGGCCUCCAGAUCAGAAUGUCAAAUGCAUCUUAGAAUUUUAAGCUUCUCCUCUUGUUGAUCAUCGCCCUUUUCUUUUCUUUUUAGAGUAACAGGGAGAUCAAGGCCCCUGUUCCAUUAUGCAUGAUUAGUUGAUCCUGGUCCUGACCAUGUUGCUUGUCAUGCAUCUAUAGGUGUUUGAUCACAGGUUGAGAUGGACCCUCCAGUUGCCGAUCCUGGACCAACCAAGGAUGAAGGUGUUGGAUCUAAGGGUGAAAUGGAUCUUCCAGUUGCCAAUCCUGGACCGGUGAGGGAUGAAGGUCAGCUUCUCCAGUGCCCGUAUUGUGAUUCCGAAGCAAUGCACAAACUAGCGCAAUUCUUGCUCCCUGGUUUGGCUGCGGUCUGUGUCGACGGUACGACGGGUGAUCUGUUCAGGAGCCCGUCUGUUGUUGCUGUUGACCUCAGGCAAGAAAUGGUGGACUACAUUACACAAAGAAGUGAAACGUUCAUAGCUGAUACUCUCAUUGAAUCGGAGGUGGAACAAAACGCUGACAAUCAAAUGCCAGAUGACCCUUAUGAGGUCAUAUCAAUCUUCAUGGAUGAUUUCAGUCGCACGAAAAGGAACAUCAUUGGCCAUGUCUCUGGGUGGUUGUUGAGCGACAGCCGCGAAGAUAAGAUCGAUGAUUUUGUCCAGGAAAUGGAUAUGACCCGCUUCUGGCCACUAGAAAGGAGAGAAGGGAUCGCCGAGGUCCUCCUCAAGAAUGUGGACAUUAAAACUAAGUUCCACUGCCCUGAGAAAUAUGAAAACGAGGAACGUCUUGCUGAUCACAAGGCACAGUGUAGCUUCAGGCCUGUCACUUGCCCGAACGAUGGAUGCCGAGCGAAAGUUUCUGUCCGGUGCAUGCAGGAUCAUGAUGCAGCUUGUCUCUUCAAGAUCCUUCAGUGUGAGCAGAACUGCGAGAAACGGCUUCUGAGGCGUGAUAUGGAUAGACAUUGCGUUACUGUCUGCCCCAUGAGGCCCAUGAAGUGCCCUUUCGGCUGUGAUUCUUCGUUCCCUGAACAUAACCUCGAGGAGCACUGUUCAGAGAGUCUCCAGCAGCACCUGCUUAAGGUCCUUCAGGUGAUUCACAAAAAAGGUUUUACGGCCGAUCAGCUGAACGACCGUGCUCUAGAGCUGGAGAAGUCUGAAGAUCGUGGUAAACUGGCUAAAGCUCGGGAUGCAAGAUCUCUUACUAAUAUUGUGAAGGAUCUUGAAGCAAAGAAGACACCACCAAGUUGAUUAGCUUGAAGGAUCUAAUAUACGCCAGAAAUUUUCUACAUCAGCCCCAUUUGCAGAAGCUCGUGAUCAUUCAACCAAAAACUCCAGCACCAGCCCACCCACAAGGGUUUUUGCCACAGGGCAGAUGCCCACCCAAACAUUCAAAAUACAUGUUCAUGCCAUAUGAAUCCUGUUAUGGUAGGUUGCUCAGUUUGAUAUGGAGGCAUUGUCCAUGAAAGGUGGUAAACUUGUCUCUGGGAUGCAGUGUUUUUCCUCCUGUGCUGAUUUGUAGCUCAUGUUGUUGACACUGGUGGGAAAAAAUAACGGACUCACUGUAAUGCUUAUGUACCCUUUUGGGAACUGCCGGAUAGAUCAUAUUGACAUUCCGAUAUAUGUAUUUUCCAAACUUAUUUAUUAGUCUGUUGAAAAUU